AUGCGGAUCAGACAGUCAUCGCCAGCCCCCGGGGGGCUCCCCGUGCCAAAACCGACACUCCAUACUUGGAAGAACCACGAUGUUUACAACGGCAUCCUCCACGCCCCACUCGCCACGCACGUGCAACUGAUCCCGGCAAGCUCUCGAAGUGAGCAAGACCCUGGGAGCACUCAACCGGACCACAAGUGGAUGUAUCUCAUCACGCUGUUCUACCCUUACCACCGCGCGUGUGAGAUCUACCGCUCCCAUGAGGAUGUGUCCGGACUGGAGAAGCUGCUUGCUGGUAUGGGCUGUGGGGUUAAAGGCGGUAUCACUGCCCAACCGGGACCAUUAAAGAAUGGGACUGCCGAGGGCGAUGGAGAGGGCAGUAGCAAAUGCCAGAGCUGCCAAGUCCAUGGCAAUGAAUCCGAGAGUCAUGACGGAGAGAACGCAAACCAGAACCAGACCGGGUGCCGACACAACAACCUGAAAACCAAAAUAGCCCCCGCCAUCAUGCUCACCACUCCAACAAUAUCCAGCCAAGCCGCUCUCCGGGAUGCACAACGCUCCGCAUUCCUAACAACCACCACCACAACCGAGACCGACACCGACGAGUCCACCUCGCCGUCAAGCACCACAGACGGCCUCCUCGAUUUCUAUUUCCAACCACCCACCCCCCAACCCACCACCAUCCCAAUCUCAUCCACCGAAACCACCAACAUCCCCAGUACCACAACCCCUACCCCACGUCCUGCCCCCUUCACCCCUUAUCCCAACCACGCCUGCGCCCGAACCUGCUCCUGUCCCUGUCUCGGCCCCUCGCACCACGGCCCUCACUCCCAGAUAAAGAUAAAGACGGAGAAAGGGGCUGAGAACGCAAAACAACAGGCACAGAUGAGAAGAAGACCGGCUAUAGCAGACAUCCGAGACGUGACAACAGCUGCAGAAGCUGCUAUUCACUUGCAAAAUCUGCUUUCUGCUGCUUUGUAUGAACUUGAGGGGAGUAGAACACCACCGGCACCAACAGCAUUAACGGCAAAAACAACAGCAGCGGUGGUAACGGGGAAUAGCUGGGUGGGGAUACCGCUGGCGUGGUUUUUGAAAAGGAGGAUGGGGGAUUGUUGGGGGGGCUGA